GAAAUCAUCAGACAUCUCCUACGAACUUCCAUCCCCUACAUCCCAACAAUAACAAAUCCAACUUGUUAUAGGGUUGAACUUCCUCUGAAUCCCAAAAAUUCUUUUCUCACCAAAAUUGCCCGUUUUAAGUGACUUCCGGUGUGAUUCCCAAGGAGCACCUUUGUCAGAUGGAGCCUUGUGCAAUGGAGGAUCCCUUUUUUGGAUCCUGUCGCGUGUGUUUGAGCAAAAAUGCAUCCCUUUCGACAAUCUUCGAAGUGCUGGAAGUUCAAAAGAUCGGUGAGAUGACUCUGUCGGACAUGAUCCUCCUGCUGUGUGGCCUGAAAAUUGAUGCAGAAGACGGGAUGCCGGGAACAAUUUGCGAAGGAUGCAGACUUAACCUCCUGGCUGCCUUUGAAUUCCGUCUCCUGUGUCUGAAGUCUGAUGAGGACAUGCGGACGUUUGUGUACAAGAAGGAAGCUGAAGAGGUAAUGCAGGAAGUUCAGGAGGUUCCGGAAGGGGUGGAGAUUGAGGUAAAGGGGGAGGAGGAAGUGAAGAUUGUGGAGGAAGCUGCGAAUGCCGUAGUGGGGGAAGAAGAGACACCUGUGGAGGAAUAUCAGGAGCUGAAGAAUGAGGUGAAGGAUGAGGAUGACAGUUGCGAUGUUGGAGAUGACGAUGGUGGAGAUGGGAAGCCAAAUAGCCCACCAGGACUCGUUCCAAUUGAUCCGGGGAAGAAGAAAAGGAAGAAUGCAAAGCGGGAGCACAUCUGUCAGGUCUGUGGGAAGGUAUUUGACAAAGCCUAUCGGCUCCUGCGUCAUGUGAACAUCCACAAUGCCAAAGGGAAGCCCUUUGAGUGCGCCCAGUGCAAACAGAGAUUCGCCUCUGAGAGUAAUUUGCUGCGCCACCAGAUUGUCCAUUCGAAUCUCAUCAGUGAGACCACAACGGUGGUCAAUGAGAAGCCCAAGAGCUUCCAGUGCUUCCAAUGCGACCGGGUGUUCAUGAAGCAGGAAUCCCUGGCGUCGCACAUGAAGACGCACAAGGAGACAAUGCAGCAGAUUGAAUUCAAGUGCGAGUACUGCGAGAAAACCUUCACGAAGAUGAACUUCCUGACGCGCCACAUAAAAUCCCACGAGGAAUGCAAAUCCCACAAAUGCAACAUCUGCGGGAAGACGUUUGCCCUCGGGGGGCUCCUCAUUGACCACAUAAACCGCCACAAGGGGCUCAAGCCGCAUGUCUGUGAGAUUUGCAACAAGAGAUUCCAGCAAUCGUGCACGCUGAAGGAUCACAUGAGGAUCCACAGUGGGGAUACUCCGUACUUGUGCUCCGAAUGCGGGAAGGCCUUCAACAAUGGCAGCAAUCUCCGGCAGCAUCUCAUCCGGCACUCAGGGGUGAAGCCUUUUGCCUGUACGCAGUGCCCCAGUCGCUUCAGCUGCAAAGGUGGCCUCAAAUCUCACCUCACCACGCAUUCGGGACUCAAGCCCUACGUCUGUGACAGCUGUGGGCACUCCUUCACCAAACCCUACUCCCUGGUCAAGCACAAACGCAUCCACACCGGAGAACGGCCCUACAGCUGUGAAGUCUGUGAGAUGAAAUUCAACUCCUCUGACCACGUCCGGAGGCACAUGAGGACGCACACGGGAGAGAAACCGUACAAAUGCAAAUUCUGCGAUCGCGCCUUUGCCCAGAGCAAUGAUCUCGUGAAGCACAUCCGUUCGCACGUGGGCGAGAAGACGUACCAGUGUAACCAAUGUUCCACAGCAUUUAGGCUCUACAGUGAGCUUCGUGUUCACAUCCGGGAGCACUUUGCACACGGAGAAAUCCCUUCGGAUGCCCUCGUGCAGAAAUCCACAAAAGGUGUCAAUGCAAUACCCGAUGAGAAUGGUCAGGUACCCGUAACGGUGCGCAUUAAUGAUGCCCAAACGUUCCUCGUGGCCCCAGAGCAGGAGAAGCUGAAGGAAGUUCCGGAGAAGAUCACCCCCAUCAUCCAUUUAAAGCCAACAACAGCGCACUUUAUCCCCGUUACAGCUCUCCCUCCACUCACGCUCAAGGACCCAAAUGACGUGCAUUCUCAGAGAUUCUUCCCCACCACGGCCAAGGUUGUUCAUGUGAAUCUCCUCACAGAACCCAAGAAUUGACAAAAAUCAUCACUUCCGGAAUCACCAAUCCCAUCAAAUAGUUUAUAAGAAAGUGUUGUAAUAAGUUUUUGAAGAUUAUUUGUAAGAUAUAUUUUACGUAAAGAACGAUAAUUUGCCAUAAAA